UUGAGCUCACCUGUGCGCUGCUCUCAUGGCCUUUUCGUUCCCUGAGGCGGGUCCCUUCUCAGAGGGUGUCACAGCGGUUGGUCCAGGCCCGCCCGUCCCGACAGACGCUUCCCUUGGGACUCCGCGGCCAGCCCACUCUUCCUUCCCACCCAGCUCUUGCCCUCUUUGCCCAGCAACAGAGGCCUUAACUCAGAGAAUGUCUCUGAUUGGCUGAAGAUAGGAGGGUCUCCCGCUCCUGGAAUCGGUUUUCUUCUUCUUCGCCUUGGCCUUGUUCCUUUAUUCCCCACAGGGACCAAGACUUACUCGGUUAAAGCAGCAGAGGGCAAUGGCCCUCCCAGCCAGGCUGGUGCUGGGACUCCACACUCUGGCGACCCUCCAGAGCCCCCAGGAAGCAGGGGCCAUCAAGGACUCACCCAAUACGGCUGACCACACGGGCUCCUAUGGACCAGCCUUCUACCAGUCUCACAGCGCCUCGGGCCAGUUCACCUAUGAAUUUGAUGGGGAACAGCUGUUCUCCGUGGACCUGAAGAAAAGCGAGGCCGUGUGGCGUCUGCCUGAGUUCGGCAAUUUUGCCCACUUUGACCCACAGGGUGGGCCGGCCAGCCUCGCCAUGAUCAGAGCCCACCUGGACGUCCUGGUGGAACGCUCCAACCGCGCCAGAGCCCCCAGUGUGCCUCCAAGGGUGACCGUGCUCCCCAAGUCUCGAGUGGAGCUGGGUCACCCCAACGUCCUCAUCUGCAUCGUGGACAACAUCUUCCCACCUGUGAUCAAUAUCACCUGGCUGCGCAAUGGUCAAACAGUCACCCAGGAAGUGGCCCAGUCCAGCUUCUACUCCCAGCCUGACCAUUCGUUCCGCGAGUUCCACUACCUGGCCUGCGUGCCCUCACCUGAGGACGCCUACGACCGCCGGGUGGAGCACUGGGGCCUGGAUGAGCCGCUCCUCAGGCUCUGGGAGCCCCAGGUGCCUACUCCACCGCCAGGUGCCACGGAGACCCUGCUCUGUGGGGGGCUGGCCGUGGGCCUGGCGGGCUUCCUUGUGGGCACCGCCCUCGUCAUCACAGGCACACGCCUGUCCAGCGCUCCCGGGUACAGAAGCCCCAGCAGUCUGGGAGGUGGCGGUGGACAGUGGACGACUCUGAGCAGGGCAGGGGUGGAGGAGCAGAGAUUCUGUGGGGAGCAGAGGGGUCAGCGAAGGGGAUACAGACAGCAGUGGGCAGGGAGGAGAAAAGCAGAGGUGGGGUGAGGCAGUGAGGUUUGGGGGAGGUGGGCGCUCAGGGCUAGGAUCCUGGAAUCGUGAGCUUGAACAACCUUGGUCGUAUGGUUUUUGCAUCUUUAGGCAAUGACCUCUCUGAGAGAAUCAGGUUGUGGGAGACACAACCCGGCCGGUUUCUGACGGCCCCUGUGUGCUCAGAGCCACGGUCUAUUAGCGCAUUCCCGCCGUGCUGACUUCAAACAGGAUCCACCUCUGUCCUAGGCCCCCUGCUGUCUGGCAGUACUCAUGGCAGGACUUCUGGGGUAGCACCCAGCUCCCUUUCUCCUUCAACACACGCACACUCACUCACACACUCCAGCUCUACCCAAAGCUCUGGCUAGCAGCACUGAAUUCUUUAAUGGUGUUUGCACCUUAUCUUUUUACCAGGUGUUGGCCACUUCUCCUGGGGUGUGAGGCAUGUGGGGAGCUGGCAGAGGGGACCCUGAGUGGUGACCACUAAGCCUGGCCUCAUGGUGCUGGGGCUGGAGCCAUCCUCAGGCGUCCACUUGGCCUUGCUCCACUUGGCCUGUUGCGUGUUACCAUUUCACAUGGACUUCACAAAAUGUGCCCCUGGAUUCAGACUAGCCCUGAAAGGGCCGCAGAGUAUCCUGUUCCUUGUGCCUCCCUCAACCAAGGACAGCUCUGAAGGGCGCUGGGAGAGGGGAGGCUCGUGGGGUUCCACUCCCAUCUGGGUUUGUGUGGUGUGAAGAGGCCAUUGGUGUCCAGCCAUGAUGCCAUCCCCUUUUUAUACAUGCCCUAGAGUCCCAUGCAUGACAGAGAGGUCCAAGGCUGAGAUAAGAUGGCUACUUCCCGCAGUGGUCGAUCACAGUAGGCAGGAGGCUGGCAGCAUCGAUGGGCAGGGCAUCUGGGAAGAGGGGCGGUCUAAGAGAGAUCCACCACAGCACUCUCUAAAUAUGUGGCCUGGAGGAUUUUAGUUUACUGAGAACAAAAUUAAAAACAAGCAAAGAGACAAGGAACCAUACAAGGUGGUUUUGUCAAGUACCGAAUGAGUGGUACAGACAAGUGGUUUUCUUCCAUCCGGAAGGUACAAAAGACUCACCUGAGAGCCUUUUGAAAGUGCAGGCCUCACCCAGACCUACUGGAGUAGAAUCUCAGGGAUGGGAGGGGCAGUAACAGGCAGCCUGUAGUUUUUAACAUGCUCCAGAUGAUUCUGCUGCGGCCAUGCUGGACCUCGGCUGUGGUCUGGGAACUGGGGCCCACUGGCCUAGUCUGGUGUUGUUGGAGAUUGUUGGAAGGAGGGAUCCCUGAGGUCGGAAGUGGACCAGGAAGGCUUUCUGGAGAACCUGGGUCCGUUAGGGCAUCGAAGGUGAUCAAGAUACAAGUAAGUGGGGGCAAGAUGGGAGUUUGAAUCAUAAUCAUUUGGUCCUGGAAAAGAAAGAAACCAAGAAAUGAUGGGGACUCGGCGGACUUCCCAAGAGAGAGUACGUCGAGAGAAAUCAAUGACCAGAAGACUCUGAUGGAAGUAGGGGAGGAUCGUCUUAGGCAAGGAUUUUGUUUGCUCGUGACCAAAACCCUCCUAAAAUGAGCACGUGCAAAGUAGAGGGUAUUUGCAGUAGAGACGCAGGCUGGAGCGCAAAAUCCAAGGACGUGUGCCAGCCAGGCUCACAGGGAGGAGAGCAUGGAGCUGGAGAGCCCAGGGACCUGGAGCUGCCCCCUGGUGCUGUCUCGGGGCCACGUGGUCUGUGUUCUCUAGACCGCUCUGCAUGUUACCCACAUUCUUCUCCCUCUGUGGACCGACUGUCCUUUUCAGCGAACACAUUCACCCUACAGCUCCCGACAAUGUGUCUCUCAGCUCUCACCACCUGCAGACCGUGUCUCCCAGUCACAAUUUUAAAUUCUUAGCAAAAUAAGUGACAAGUGACGGGCCAAACUUAGGGCAGGUGUCCAUCCCAGCCCUGUGUACUUAGAGCAGGGGGACAAGGAAAUAACAAUUUCCCUCAUCAGAUAAACUUGGCUGCCAAGCACCCAACUCUAGGGAGAGGGGUUGGGUUGUUUUCAGAGAAAGAAGUAUGGUUUUGUUCUCAGAAGACACUCCAAGAUAUGUCUGUCCCCAGCACGCCUGACAUCUGCUGAUCUUUUGCUUAAAAGUUUACUUGCUGCAUCAUUGGAAAGGUGUUCCUCUGAUCUCUGUCCUAAGGCUUAAUAAAGUCAUUAAAAGUGUUUCUUCUUUUGACCAAAAGAAGUGUGCUUUUUUCCCACUAUGCAUAUAUUACCC